AUGUACAAUGUGUUGAGCAGUCUCAAAGGUCUCAUCAAGCUCAAAUCGCUUUCGAUCGACAACCAUGUGUUCAGACUACACUACAAAGUGACCGUGGCGCUUCUGAUCGCUUUCUCGAUCCUGGUCACGUCGAAACAAUACAUCGGGGACCCGAUCGACUGCUUCUCCGGAGGACCGGUGCCAGCAAAGGUGCUCGACAAUUUCUGCUGGAUACACUCGACCUUCAGCGUCCGAGACGCGUGGCAUAAGCGAGUGGGCAGCGAGAUUCCGUAUCCAGGAGUCGACAAAUUCAAUCCCGGCGAGGAGCGAGUCUACCACGCUUACUACCAAUGGGUCUGCUUCGUGCUGUUUUUCCAGGCUGUGCUCUUCUACGUACCGCGUUACAUCUGGAAAGCAGCCGAAGGCAGCAGAAUCAGCUCGUUAGUCAUGGAUCUCUCGAAUCCUGUGAAUGAUGAGAAGAAACGCUGCUGUAGUCUCGACGCGCUUUGCAGAUAUCUCCGGGAGAAUCGAGGAUUCCAUAGGGGCUACUUUACUUAUUACUUUCUUUGCGAAGUGCUGAAUUUCGUAAAUGUCAUCGGACAGAUGUAUCUGGUGGACAAUUUCCUAGGAGGAGAAUUCUCGACGUACGGCUCUAAAGUAUUCCAGUUCACCGAAUGGUAUCCGUCCGUCCGCUUCGAUCCCAUGAUCCAGGUGUUCCCGCGUCUCACCAAGUGCACAUUCCACUUGUUCGGUCUCUCCGGAGACGUUCAAGAGAUCGACGCAAUGUGCAUCCUGCCCAUAAACAUCAUCAACGAGAAAAUCUAUGUCUUCAUGUGGUUCUGGUUCCUGAUCCUGGCCAUACUUUCCGGCUUGAUGCUGAUCUAUCGAGCUGUGAUCGUUCUCUUCCGUCCUGUGAGAUUCCGCGUCCUUGCUGCUCAUGCCGGUCUCGCUGACGCUAAAGACCUCCAUACGGUUUUCGCUCAUUGUGAUGUUGGGGACUGGUUUCUCUUGACUCUGCUUUCGGAAAAUCUUGAUUCUGUCGCGUACCGACUCUUCGUGCGGCAACUCCGAGAACAGCUCGAAGACAAAAAAGCGAAUGUGUGA